CGCGUAAAAUUCUUCGUUUAGUUUUCAUUUGCUUUGCGACCAUUAAAAUUUCGUGCACUUUGGUCAUUAUUAUAGUGCAGGGAAAUAUAAUUCUAUAUAUACUAAAAUACUAUAUGUUUAACGGCAGGUACCGGUGUUGUAUUUAAAAACUAAAACAAAAACAAAAUCUCCCAGGUUGGCAUGUGUCAUUAAUACCUCAGGAAUUCCCGUCACACCUGUGUCACGUGACUCACUCUUAUCUGCGAUUUUAAAAUGGUGGACGUUUGUUUGAAUUUCCGGACAAGCUCAAAGAUGUUUACGAUUACGUUUAUAAUUCUUGUUGGAAUAUCGUCAAUAUUUGUUGAAGCCCAGCGACCAGACAUUGUGGAUGAAAUUUUACCGGAGGUAAAACAGAAGAACCAGAUAGGUUAUUUGAACUGCACCGUGGUCAACAAAGGUUCGGAGUCGGUGGUGCAAUGGUCCAAAGUGGAAACAGUAAAUGGUGGAAAUCCUAUUUUGCUCAGUGAAGACGACAAAAUUGUGUAUCAAGGUAAUACUGGGAUAAAUGAGGAUUCGGGGCUGCGUAAAUAUGAUAUGCAGAGUCGUGUAAAUGGACGGAGAGUUACGUACAUGUUGGUGAUUCGAUAUUUAGCAGAGGAGGAUGCUGGCGAUUAUUUGUGCACGAUUAGAAUUCAAGGAGUACAGUGGCCGGAAUGGCCAAAGAAGAUCGGAAAAUUAACAGUACAAAUUGCUCCUCAGAUCCAGCCCAGUAUCAACUCCAUUUAUGAAAAAGACAUAGGAUCUUCUCUUCAGCUGACAUGCGAGUCCCACGGCAACCCCUACCCAAACAUAACCUGGAAGAGAGAAGACGGUCAGGAACUACCCAUGGGAGGAUUCCAGUCAAGGGGAGCAACAUUAAAUCUGACUGAUAUUCAGAGAAAUGACAGAGGGAACUACAUCUGUGUAGCUGACAAUAAUGUGAAACCCCCAGACAGCUUCAAAGUGGAGGUCAUCGUCUUUUUUCAGCCCUCAUGUAGGCCUGUGCAAUCAACAGUGGGUCAGGCUCAGAACAGAAGGUUUAAUGCCAAACUGGAGUGUAUUGUUGCAGGUUAUCCUCAGCCAAGUAUGAAAUGGAUGAAAGAAACAGAGAAUGGAAAACUCAUUGAAAUAGAUGACGAUGACAAAUAUGACAUCACCAAGCAGUUUAGCAGUCAGCUACAGAAUGAUGAGUUUUGGUACACACUCUUGGUGAAGAACGUUCAGGCCAAAGACUACACAAACUACCAUUGUGUGGGUACCAAUAAAUAUGGUGACGGAGAAACAACCAUUGCCUUAUUUGAAACAAUGGAGUGCCAGGGAUCUAACUGUCCUAGCCCGGGCGGAUUACCGGUAUUUGGAUGACUUGAUUAAAAUUUGGAUAAAACUGUGUAUUAUUAGAAUGGAUGUAUAAUACCAGAUAGUCAAUUUUUUUGUAAUAUUUGAUCCUUACACCUUUAUCAUAGAGUUUACAUAGACAAGAGUGAGUCCAUACACUUGCUUUAUGUCUUACGUUGUAAUAUAUUUUGAAUGAUUGUAUAUUUUUCCUAUUCUCAUGGAUUAUGUACAUGUAUAUUGUAGAAUCAUAUUUCCAUAUUUAUGUGAUUAGUAUAUAAAGUUUAAUUAAACUACUAAUCAAAACAUGUCUUUUAAUCUUGAACUUUGUACAUUAGAUAAAAAAUGCAAAAAAUUACAAUAAAAAAUGUAUAAUUGUA